AUGUUUGGAAAUCCAAUCCACCAUGUUUAUAUUGCUGAUGGUUUCAUGGAUGAUGUUGAAGAAUUGAUACAAAAGUGCUUACAGAGACAGGAUGUAAUAGAUUUUCAAUCAUUCUGCAUUGUAUGGAAAGAGAUGGACAUUGGAUGUCUGUACAAUGGUAGAACAUCAGCUGCUGAAGUAGCAGAACUAUCCGAGGAAGUUCUACAGAUUGCAAAGCACUAUAUGCUUGCUAAUACAAGUAAUUACGAGGAGUCGGUCGCGGGUCUAUUCCUGGUUUACAGCCUACUGAAUACGCAACCAUACCCUGGGUUCGCGGCAUUGCGCCUGGUGCCAGAAGAUGUGACCGCCAUCAGUCGACUGGAAACUGUAGCUAGAAGGGAGAGGAGACAUGACGUUCUCUACAUUCUCGCUUCAGUUCUCAUCAAGGGCCCCUGCCAGUACCACGCUGCGGAAAGGGAGAGGGGACUGGAGGCUCCAAUAAAGAAGUAUUUAGAUGGUUUCAAAAGUAUUGACAGCAUUCGCGGUGUGCGCCCGAAGGGCGUCUUCUAUCGGCAGAACGAGGAGCUGGACAUCAUCAGGGAGCUGGGCAACCUCACAAAGCGCUACUCCGAAGCGAAGGAGGCGGUGGACGGUGCAACAUCGGACAGGAGCCUCCAGUAUAUCAACGAGGAGCUACCGUUCGAACUGAACACCUCGCUGAGGAGAAUCAUCAGCGGCGGCGCCGACGAGGAAGAGGAUGAAAAUGUUUCAGACGACGUCGACGAUCGAGACAGGGAAGACCACCACGCCUUGGUGGAGUCGAUCAAAUCCAGAGCAAUGAAGGACGCCGUUAACCCAAUGAAGCACCUCGUUGGAGUCGAGGAUAGGAAGCGUCAAGCGAAACCGAACCAGAAGCAGCAGAAGAUUAAGAGCGACAUAAAAUCGAAACCCGGCAAGCUGAAGAGGAGCAGCCCCACCAAGCCCCACAACUCGCCGAACAAACGGAGACCAUCACCCAAGGGGAAUAAGGGGAAGAGGACCAAAGCGAAUACCGAGAAAGGCGGUAACAACGCAGAGACGUCUGGAAACAAGGACAUCGAGAUGAACGAGUCCCGUAUGGAAAUAUUACCCGAGGGGACAGAACUGCCUGAUGAUGACGUGGUAGAGUGCACAGAUGAGGGCUCUGGUAACGUCGCGAUCAGCUCUCUGCCCCCGCUGAGAAGAACCGGCAACAUCGGACCGACAGUAGUGAUAGAGGUCCUGGACGAAUGCGGCAAGAAAGCGAAAGGGAAGGGGAAAGGGCAAGGCAAAAGAGUCGUCGCGAACCGUCAAAGCGGUCUGCCCGACCUGGAUGCUUUAUUCCCAGCAGAGACGAGCAACGCCCACGGCGAAUGUAGCACGUCAACGCACGUCGAGGAAUAUGAUUUGACCGCCGAUGAUGAGGGAAAAAAAAAGACGAACGACAGGCCCAGGAAACUGAAGAAGACCCACCUGAAAUCGAAAUUCAAACGUAUGGGCAUGCUGCCGGUGGCGAAUUUCGGGGAGCCACAAAAUCAG